GCCAACAAUUCUGGUACUUUGAUGGAAAGAAGCAAAUAUGCAAUGUUAAAGGUGGCAGUGCCAUUUGUUGUCUUCAUAGGCGUUGGAGCUUAUGCACUCACUUUAUGGAGAAAGAAUUCGAAGGUUCGUCCUCCGCUCUUUAAGAGAUCAACGUCGCUCGCGCUCCUCCAUGGCGGUGAUGUGGCCUUGCAGAGAUUGAUUGAUUACCAUGAAGCUCGAGCUGAUUUGCAUAAGCUGGAUCCUGCUGAGUGCGAGCUCACGGUUUUGCUUAAAGAUCACGAAAGACCUGAUUUUCGCGCUCUCACGAGGAUUAUUGCAAAGUUGGAAAUGAGUGGAAAAGAAGACCGAACGAUAAAAAUACUGGAGGAUCAAAUUAAAGACGCCCAGAAGAAAGGAAAAAUGCAUGAAGCCUAUGAGUUUGAGAUGUUACUAGUGGAAAUGCUCAUUUACAAGGGUGACUAUGAGAAGGCUCUAAGUCGAAAAUGUUUGACUGACGACAAGAUUUCUGAUGCGCGCCGUCCACUAUUUAGGGCUAUUAUCUUCCUCUGUAAGGAGCCCCCUAAAAAAAAAGAAGCGGAGCCAUUUUGGGAGAAGUUUUGUGAAUUAAGAACAUCCUUUGGUUUCCCACCAGUCCUCAAGGAAAGUGUGGAAGAAACAGGAAUCUAUAAAGUGGGUGCAAAAUUCGAUGAGUUUGAGAAGGUUGUGAAUAGGCUCAAAGAAGACGUAAAGAAGGCACAGGAAAGAAAGUCUGGGAAGUAGGGAAACAAGCAUAUUCAUAGACUGGAAAUUUAUCCAUUCAAUAUAAAUUAAAGUACUACAUUGCCUGUACCAGCGUAUGUGUCUUCUUCUUUUUUUUUUUUUUCUUUUUUCUUUUUAAAUGUUUCCGGUGAGAUGGGGGAUUGUUGUAAAUUUGAAAUGAAGA